AUGUCCCGUUACCUGUCACGUAAGCUCUACAGCACAUUGAAUGCAUUCAAGGUAUUUCCUCAAACUUUCGCGGGUGGAAAAUGGGUUUGGGAUGUUGAUCUACGUAAACUGAGAAAAGAAUACAGGGCGCUGCAAGCUCAAGAACACCCCGAUACAAAUGCCAAUACGAACUCUGGAAAAAGUUCUGAGCUGAAUCAUGCAUACCAAACUCUCAGACAGCCUUUACUACGGGCUCAGUAUAUAUUAAAAACUCAAGCUCAACUGGACCUUGGAAACGAACGAAAAUCACAGGAUAUUGCACAACGAGAUCCUGAACUUCUAAUGAAAGUUCUAGACGUACACGAGGAGCUGGAGACACUUUCUACUGAAGAAGAUGUCAAGCAAAUUGCUUCGGCCAACCAAGAGCGGAUGCGAGACCUGGAAGCAAAAUUGGGCGAAGCUUUCAAAACGGAAAAUUGGAUUCUUGCUGCGCAGCUUACCGUGGAAUUGAAAUACUGGGCCAGUCUCGAUAAAGCUGUAAAAGAAUGGGAACCGGGUACGCGAUUGGAACUGCAUCAUUAA